AUGAGCAGCUUACUCUCGACGCUGCUGAUAGAACUUGGAUUCCGCCAACCCCACCCUCCUUCCCGGCCAGCCUCCCCUCGCCCGCAUGUCACCAACGACCUGACCGACCCUCCGUCGAGCACCCCGCAAAAGAACUCUUCCUCGAGCGAGACUGAAGAAAAACAAAUCCCCCAACCAAGCCAAGACUGCCCGGGGCGAGAAUCGAGGAUCGGAGAUGCACGUUGCCUGCAUGGCUCUGCAUUCCUCCCAGCCCUACCGAAAGAUAUGGAUGGACGGAAUUUAGAACAAGGGUCGACCGGACGGCCUAGAGUUAUACCGGCUGCUACAGGAAACCCCGGCGGUACACGAGGUGAUUCCCACAUGACCAUCGACCCGAGUUCUGAACAGCCCCGAGCUGCGCAUCCUAGCGAGUCUGCGCAAAAUGGCACAUCAGGGCCAAUACCUCUUCCCGGAAGUGAAUCAGUGUCCGGCAAUGACGUGAUGCUGGACGAGAUGGGGCAGCUGUCGCUUCCUGCAGACGAUGGAAUGGGUACGCUACGGAAGAAGAUCCACGCAAUCAGAGAUCUGGAACUCAGCAACCCGGAGAAAGCUCGCAUGGUCCAUGAUUUGAUGACAGAGAAUUAUAAUUCUUCCCGAGAAACCUUCCCAACCCACUCAGUGCUAUUGUCUCCGCCGCCAAGUCCAGCGAAGCCGGAGCGACCCAACGCCUCGACGAUUCGCUGGAGCUGGCAGUCCUUGGACCCCAAUUCGACGACCCCCACAGGUACAGAAUCGGUCCUUGAAAGCCCCUUCUCCCUCACUGCCGAGGAUUUGCAGCCCACGUUAGCACCCAAGGCUGAGCCUGAAUCUCCAGCCGGCGAAACCGGCGAAGCAUGCCCCGAGGAUGAUACCGAAGAAUUGGAAGAUGCAUGUCUGGGGUGUCCGCACUACAAACGAAAUGUCAAGUUGCAAUGUUUCACCUGCAAGAAGUGGUAUACCUGCCGGUUCUGCCAUGAUGAGGUCGAAGAACAUCAUCUCAUCCGCCGAGAAACUGAAAAUAUGCUAUGCAUGCUCUGUGGACACGCCCAACCAGCGGCGCAGAAUUGUAGAAAAUGCGGCGAGCAAACUGCGCAGUACUACUGCGAUAUUUGCAAGCUGUGGGACAAUGACAGCAAGAAGAGCAUUUACCACUGCAGCGAUUGUGGUAUAUGUCGGAUUGGACAGGGUCUCGGCAAGGAUUUCUUCCAUUGCAAGAGAUGUUGCGUCUGCCUGCCGAUCUCAAUUGAGACCACUCAUCGGUGCAUUGAACGGUCUACCCAGUGCGAUUGCCCGAUCUGUGGGGACUAUAUGUUCACUUCUCCGGAAACCGUGGUUGUCAUGCGAUGCGGCCAUAGCAUUCACUCCAAAUGCCUUUCCGAAUACUCCAAGAGCUCUUUCCGGUGUCCAAUAUGCAGCAAGACCAUCACGAACAUGGAAUCAACGUUUCGCAACUUGGACCGCACCAUCGAGGGCCAACCUAUGCCUGUUGAGUUCAAGGAUACUAGAAGUCUCAUCUACUGCAAUGACUGCGGCGUGAAGUCGGUUGUCAAGUACCAUUGGUUGGGCUUGAAAUGUGACUUGUGCGAGUCAUAUAAUACGGCGCAACACAGACUUCUGCAGGGGGACAUGUCAGAGUCCACUGAGGAGGAAGAAGGCAUUGGCAGCCUACCUCCUCGAACCCGAGCAUCAUCUUUCAACGCGAAUGAUGAAUCAGUAUCCUCAUCGCUUGCAGCAUUGCGCCUCAACGCGACCUCGGUCCCAAGCUCGCAUCUCGGACCACGGCUAUCCGCGGGUCCUGACGGGCAAUUUUCGUCCUACAGCAUUACACGAGACCGUGCCAUUUCGCCUGUAGUCACGAACUACUUUGGUCUGCCAUCUGAACGUGAAUCCGAGAAACCUUCCUCCUUGCCAUUCUUUGGAGGUCUGUCGAGGACUGCUAGCGAAAAUGACUAUGGCGCACUGAACUUCUUGAGCAAGAAGCUCAGAUAUCGGUAUGGGUUCCUUGGUGGUGAAUCGCAACCGGCGGAUGAGAAAUCAGAAAAGUCAGCCACCGACGGCGAGGAGGACGGUAGUGAAUCGUCCGAUGUUGGAUCAGAUGGCAGCCGGGAUGACGAUGACGAGGAAGACCAAGAUGACGAGGACGAAAUCGACAUCUUUGGUCAUCGAUGA